CCACCGAGCCACCCACCCAGGCGCCCCUCCGCUGUUGUUCUGAUGGAGGAUGCUGCUUGGGGUGCAGGGCAGGACUGUGUCUGGACCUCGGGCCUGGGGAGGCAGCCUCCUCAGGGUGAUCUGAGCCACAGAGAGGACCGCGGCCGAUUAUGGAGAGCAGAGGCCCACUGGCCGCAUCGCCGGGGCUGCUGCUGCUGUUGCUGCUGCCACUGCCACCUCACGGCCACCAGAGGAUCCAGGACCCUCCUGCUGUGCGCCUCAGCAGUGGUUCAGGACAAGAGCCUAUCACCAUCAUGACCUUUGACUUCACCAAGAUCAGGAAAACCUCUUCCUCCUUUGAGCUUCGAACCUGGGAUCCAGAGGGAGUGAUUUUUUAUGGCGAUACCAACCCCCAGGAGGACUGGUUUGUGCUGGGGCUUCGAGAUGGCAGGCCCGAGAUCCAAAUGCACAACCACUUGGCCCAGCUUACGGUGGGCGCCCGGCCCCGGCUGGACGAUGGGAAGGGGCACCAGGUGGAAGUGAAGGUCCUCGGGGACUCACUGCUGCUGAGUGUGGAUGGGGAGGAGGUGCUGUGCCUGAGACAGGUCUCUGGGCCUCUGGGCAGCAAAGUCCAGCCUGUCGUGACGAUUGCACUCGGGGGACUGUUGUUCCCUGUCUCCAGUCUCCGUUUGCCGCUGGUCCCCACCCUGGAUGGCUGUCUGCGCCGGGAAAAUGGGCUGGACCAACAGGCCCAGACCUCGGUGUCUCCCCUUACCAGCAGCCUCAGAAGCUGCGCUGCAGAGUCCCAGCCUGGCACAUUCUUCCCUCCGGGGACUCGAGCAGAAUUCAGUCUCCAAGGUAAAGGCGGUUUUUCCCUCCAUGGCCGGCCCUUUGUCUGCCUUCCCCUGUCCUCUGGCCACCUCCUUGCCCUUGGGACCCCAGAAAACCCUCCUUGGCUCAGCCUCCGGCUCCAAGAUCAAAAAGUGGUGCUGUCCUCUGUGUCGGGCCCACAGCUGGAUCUGCCUCUGGUCUUGGGACCCCCUCUUCAGCUGAAGCUGGGCGAGUCUGGGGCUGUCUUGAGCCAGAGGCCUAAGAAGGAGAUCCUUGCCCUGCCUCUCUUGGAUCCUGCCUCCCUCCUCAACCUCUGGGUCCAGCCACAGGGGCGCCUCUUCCUGGGGGCUCUGCCAGGAGAGGCUUCUUCGGCCUCCUUUUGCUUGGAUGGCCUUUGGGCACAAGGCCAGAAGUUGGACAUGGACCGGGCCCUGAGCAGAAGUCAGAACAUCUGGACUCACAGCUGUCCCCAGAGCCUAGGCAAUGACACGGACAGCACCCAUUAAACCCCCACCUAAGAAUCCC